AUGUCCUUCGAUAUAUUAUGGGUAGACUUAGCCGAUUUGAAUAUACUCGUCAAAGGAGAGGAUGCAGGGACAUGGAUGAACCCUGAUGUUGGAGUAUUGCAGAAGUAUGCAACCCCUUCGCCAUUCGGCAGGGGAGAGGAACCGGACAUGAACCCCUCUUACAGGUGGGCGCGGAACAGAGCUCAAAGCGAUGAGCUUGCCUUCACUUUGGCACAGACUGAAAGAUUUGGAUCGCAUAUGAAGAUAUCACGAGACAUAUCCGAGAUGAUCUCGAGAGCCAUGUUCGUAGGCAAGAAAGCCGUUUUCAAGUUAUACAAGCUCGCAAUAUACGGCGAAGGAGGUCAUUUUGACUGGCAUCGUGACUCGACGCACAGCGAUGCUCACCAUGGAACGUCUGACGACAAGUUCCAGCCAGUCGUGGUUGCAUUCUAUACGGACACAGAGCACAAAGUUAUGCCCAUGGCCAAGGAGUUUCUCCCAGCAGAGAAAUGUUGGCAGAGUUACGAACCCUUGAGCAGGGCUGAUUUCCGUCGCCAGUACAUUGCAUUCCGCUUUAACACUACUUACCCGAACUUGGAUCAGAAGUUAAUCCAGGCAGUCGUUGAUGAAAUCAGAGAGUUGCACAAAGAAGGUACUACCGUCGUCGCCUUCCCACUUACUCACCUCUACCACAAGACGAGCAUCAAGAAGGAAUACCUCAAGGGAAGUGACUUGGCACUCUUCGAUGCUCUCGAAAGUCGCUUCGACAUUGUCCUUCAUCCUGUUAUUAUCCGCGCUAUAGAUACGGGCAGAGAGCGGGACGAGGAGGAACGUUUCCUCGCAUACAAGCUGCUCGAGGACGAAGAGCAGCGUGUUAAAGAGCAGUGCAAAGCUGAAGGGCUUGAGGUCGAAGAGUAG